AUGGUGGCAGCUCUUGCCAAAUUGAAACCUCAGCCGGCAACGUUUACUUCAUACAGUGUCAUCCCCGGCGGGCUCGACCACGGGAACCCUAGUGGUUACGCGCGCGCAUCUGUCGAGUCGUGGGCCGAAGCUGGACGAGCUGUAUCGGAGCCGUAUGGGGACGCAACAGCUUCGGUAAUGUCGCUUCUCGGAAGCUAUAAAGCCCGAAUCACCAAAGCCGCCAAAGCACUUCGUGAGAAGAUCCCGGAAGUCGAUGAGGCCACCCUUCAACCGCUGGAUCCUGCUAUGGAGGCAAGUAAGGAUCCACACUUUAUUUUGAGUCAUAAGAGUUCACUUUUUUUGAAAUUUACUCUCAUUGAACGUGCUAUUGCGCAUUUGCGCGCCCAGAGAGAGAAAGCCGAAGAGUUUGCUCGUCAAAAUCCUGACGGGCAGGGCGAGUUUCCCUUCCUUCAGCAGAUUCAGGAUCACUGGGACGCUGGUGAACUGGAUCAACUCCUGGAGGAAGCUGACACUCUCCAUGCACGUCUUGAUAUUGCGAUCAAGCUCUUGCCGAGCUCGGAAGUUUUGUAUUCUAUGCGUGUUCCGGUUGUUCCUCCUUCUUCUUCAUCUGUUAACCUUUCUCCUCAUCCUACCCAAGACCCCAUCCCGACCGAUCAGCCUGCGCAGGACGUGAGAGAGGAAAUCGCGAGCCACUCUUCGUCUAAGAAUCAGGAUCGCCCAUCAGAACCUGAUAUCGCGCCAGCUGAUACCCUACCACCGCGCGCGUCGAGCGCCACCCAAGGAUUCGGUGUCUCCCCCCAUAACCCCCCAACUUUUGGCAAUCCCUUUGUGACUCCUUCUUGCCCCCAGCCGAAUCCGUUCGCAGCAUCGUCUGCUCUCCCGAACCCUACUUCUACCCAAUCGUCCGUGGAACAAUCGUUGAAACUACCGAGCUUCGAGAUUCCUACGUUUCAUGGCGAUAUCGACAGGUUUUACGAGUUUUGGGACCUUUUUUCGACGGCCGUGCACAAUAACACCAGUGUACCUGUGCCAGUCAAGUUCAUGUAUUUGAAGUCCCAUUUACGAGGACCUCCUGCGAACAUCAUCGCCGGCUUUCAAUCGACGGCUGAGAACUACGAUGAAGCAGUACGUAUCCUGAAUAACACGUAUGGUCGUCCGGAGAUCCUACGCAAUAAGCUGUGGGACAAGCUGUUGCAGUUACCAUCAGCUUCUGAUUCGCCGUUGUCACAACGCGCGACACUCUGCGCUAUAAGAGCUACAUGGACCCAGCUUCAACAUCUCAAGGAAGACUCCAGCGCGAUCGGCACGCUCAAGAUCAUUCGUGCCAAGUUCCCCCGGCGUACACGUGAGAGGAUUGGCGAAUUCAAGAACAAAGGAGAUCCGAUGUGGACGGUUGAUGAAUUGCUUGCUACGCUGGACACCAUCAUUGAUAGAUUAGAAAGUAUAGAGGAUGCAGACCCUUCGGAUUACCACUCUUACAACUCCCAGUCGGCUGUUCGUCAACACUCUCUUUCUCCUCGAAGAUACCCGCGCGAAGAUAGGACAGGUGAAGCGUUCACGCGCUAUCGCACACCAUCGCGUGCAAGGCGUUCACUGUCGCGCACACCGUCCCCUCGCAGAAGACAGGAUAGACCUCCAACGCCAUAUUACCCUAGGCGUGCGUCAUAUAGCCCCAGUAGAUCGCGUUACGAAACUUCAUCCGACCCGCAGUGUGUCUUUUGCCACAAUUUUGGACAUCCGUCAGAUCGUUGCAGAAACUUCGAUGCUAGGCAACGUAGACUGUAUGUCAGUCGCAAUAAGCUUUGUUGGCUAUGUCUACAACCCGGUCAUACUUAUAUGUAUUGCGACGCUCCUCUUUGUCCGUAUUGCAAUAGGAUACACCAUAGGUCCCUUUGCCUUGAAGUUUCAUCUUUGCCGCGAUCGCCAACUCCGACGUCUAGGCAGACUUUCUAUCAGGGCUCGCAUAGAUCUCGAUCGCCCAGACGCGUACAGUUCUAUGAGGAAUCCUACGGCUCGUCAUCUCGCAUGAGAUCUCGUACUCCACGCGCAUCAUCGCGCGGUUUCCAGUCUAGAUCUCCAUCACCAUCUAGAAGUAGGUUUUCCCCAACACCGUCUAGACGUACUUCGCCAUCUUAUAGGUCACGCAGUCCCACAUCCGCGGUACACAGCACCAACUGUACCUUUGACGCAUCUCGUACUACCAUGGACACGCAAGCAGAGUCAUCUGACGAUCAGUCACGAGCUUCAGGCGCGCAUUCGCCAUCUUCCUGUACGUCUGUUUGUCAUGAUCGAUCCACACUUCAAGAGCCUCGUCUAAUGGUAGUCCGCGCUGUAACUAAGAAUUUUAAGACUCAGACGAGCGAGCUGCUUACAGUUUUCUUGGAUAGCGGUUCGCAGUACAGCUUUAUUUGCACUGCGUUGGCCAAACAUCUGGGCCUAACAUUCAGGAAUACCAGGACAGUGACGACCCUGACGUUUGGAGGACAUGAACUUACGGAAGAAUCGUCAGAGGUCACUCUCACGCUAUGGGAUCAAUAUGAACAUCCGAUCCAGCUUGUGCUAUGGACGCGCGAGAAGAUUACGACGGUCCCCCGAACUAACGACCGCAUCGACAAUACCAUCGUCGAUCCUGCAGACAGAGUGGAUGUCGACGUGCUCAUUGGAAUAGACAACUAUUGGCGUGUUGUUGAUUUGCACAGGAAUGAGAGGCUUCCAUCAGGACUCAUCCUGUCACACACGAGAUUUGGACCAGUUCUGUCCGGCAUACAACACCCAGUUGUCUCCAAUAGUCUCUCGACCGCUCACACAUCAUCGGACGAAGACGAGCCAGAGAACGAACGACUUGUACGUAGUCUCUUUGGACUCGAUACACUCGGAAUGGAUGAAGGCGAAGAUGUGGACGAUGCCGAAGUCAUCAGGCAGUUUUAUAACAAGUCAGUCAGAUUUCUUACCGACUCCCAGAUAGUUUUGUACUGGAUUCAGUCGCGCAAGCCGCUCAAGACUUACGUUGCAAACCGCGUUAGAUACAUCCGUCGCGUGCUCGACGAGUUGAGAGCGGACAACAUCGCCACCGGAUUUUACUACCUGAACACGGACAACAACCCGGCGGACUGUGCCACCCGUGGACUAACAGCCACAGAGCUCCAAGACCAUCUAUGGUGGACAGGCCCAAGCUUCUUCGCGACCCCUUCUUCACAGUGGCCCUGGAAGAGUCUUGAACCAUCAGUCAGUUCGCUACCAGGUGCAGAAGCAGAAGAGCUUAAGGCGGUCACAACCUCGACAAAUACCAUCUCCGAACUUUAUGUAUUCUUCGUGCCUUUUACGCGCACCAACUCGUACACUAAGCUGGUCCGCGUUACAGCAUACGUCCUUAAGUUUUUGGCUAGAGUGCGUCAUCGAGUCGAGACGCGCUGCCAUCGCGAACAUCAGGACGUGCAAUCAAUUUUAGGCACGAUGGACAUAACACCCGUUGUAACACCAGACGACUUUACGACGGCUGAAUCGUUGCUCAUACGUGAGCACUACAGAGAAGGCCAGCAAGAGUUGAACAGUUCAUAUAUGAAGAAGUUUCGCACGACGUGCGACAACGACGGCAUUAUCAGAGUGGAUAGGCGCAUGUCUAACGCGCAGACCGACAAUUCUACUAACCCCAUCCUUAUGUCGGAUCAUCCUCUCUGUUAUAUGCUGAUCAUACCUCUCUUUCCGGUGAACUCAUCCGAUCCGGAUACGAACGUGGCCAUAAGACCUAUUGACUUGAUCACCACGGAUUUUCAAGUGGCACGGUUGACCGGCAGCAUGCCCCAGAAGAUCGCUAAUGCGACGAACGAGAGCUAUCGAGCACUCCGUACGCGCUACAAGUCUCUGCAAGAAGAUCUAGAUCAUUUUUGGCAGCUUUGGCACAGUGACUAUCUUGAUGUCUUAGCGCAGAGACAGAUCGUACGCUCGAACGGUCAGUCUAGCAGGAAACCACCCCGAGUAGGAGAAGUAGUGCUCGUCAGACAGGACGCGCAUCGAUCAACUUGGCCACUAGCACUCAUCCUGGAACUUCACACAUCAUCCGAUGGCAACGUAAGAUUAGCCAAGAUCCGGACAGCCAAAAAGAAGAUACUAGAACGCUCAAUCAACCAUCUGGUACCUCUGGAGAUAGUGGCAGAUGACGAUACCAUCCCUGAGAGAGAUCACGAGCACUUUGCAGUAAAGGAUACCCCUUCUAGAACAUCUUAG